CAACUCUUCAGAUUCCAGGAAAGAGAGAAAGAAAAAAGAUUCAAUCUUUAUUAGCCGGAGAUGUUGAAUUCACCGAACUGGGAACUCCGGGGUUGUUGUAAUCGGAAUCAAAAUACUUUCCUUAUCACCAUCGGAAUCUUCACCGUCGUUAUCCUUCUGCUAUGGAGGACAUUUCUAUUGACUCCAUUUAAACUCAUUACGGUGUUUUUACAUGAAGCCAGUCAUGCCGUUGCUUGCAAGCUUACAUGUGGAGAUGUAGAGGGGAUGGAGGUGAAUGCAAAUGAAGGGGGUUCAACAACAACACGUGGUGGCAUUUAUUGGCUGAUCUUACCUGCUGGCUAUCUUGGCUCAUCAUUUUGGGGAAUGGCAUUGAUUCUUGCAUCUACCAAUCUGCUUACAGCAAGAAUAGCUGCUGCUGGUCUGGGUCUUGCUUUAUUCAUAGUCCUAUUCAUUGCCAAAAAUUGGACGCUUCGAGGUCUUUGUAUAGGUUUCAUAGUUUUCCUCGCUAUCAUCUGGGUUCUACAAGAGUUAACUACAGUCAAAAUUCUCCGUUAUGUCAUUCUGUUCAUUGGUGUGAUGAAUAGCUUAUUCUCAGUUUACGAUAUCUACGAUGAUUUGAUAUCUCGGAGGGUCCAUUCAAGCGACGCUGAGAAGUUUGCAGAGAUCUGUCCUUGCUGUACCGGUUGUGGCUGGGGUGUCAUCUGGGGAAUGAUUUCAUUUGCGUUUCUUUGCGCGUCGCUCUAUCUCGGCCUAGUGAUCCUAUCAUAAAAGGGUAUUCUUUUAUGAAUUCGUUGGUGUCUCUCAGGUUCAAAUUCUUCCCAGUGAAAUGCAAAGACAGUAGUUUGAUAAAAGCUUGAUUCUUUAAAUCCCUUGGUGUUUGGGAUUUACAUUGUUGAUUAAAUGUUUUUAUUCUUUUUUAGAUUUUGGAGUGUGUUGAAUAGAAUUCAUUGACAAUU